AUGGCUUAUCGUCAGCACCCUCAAGGGAGCCGUCAGGCGAGGGAGGACCCUGGUAUUAAUAGAUCACACCGGCUCUCAAAGCACGCUCUCGGGGCGAUCGACAAGAAAAUCAUGGCUUUUUUCGCUUUUGCUGGGUUUCUCUGGCUCAUUGCUCCCUCGUUACAGGCAGUUUUGCCAGUGAGAUAUGUGAGCCCCAAUAGCGGCGAUCUAUAUGGUCCGCUGAGGUUCCGGGAGGAUGGCACGUUCCAAAUAUCCAUCUUUGAGGAUCUUCACUUUGGCGAGAAUGCAUGGGAUUCAUGGGGCCCUCAGCAAGAUAUCAACUCUGUGAGGGUCAUGAAUCAUAUUCUAGACAUUGAGUCCCCGGGACUUGUAGUCUUAAAUGGCGACUUGAUCACCGGCGAGAACACCUUCAAAGAGAACAGCACAACAUACAUCGACCAAAUCGUUGGCCCUCUUGUUGAGCGCAACUUGACCUGGGCUUCUACAUACGGCAACCACGACAGUGACUUCAACAUCACGCGCGAAGGUAUUUUAUCCCGGGAAAAGCUGUGGCCCAACUCACGCACAACUAGUAUGGUCCCAGACCCCAACUCUGGUGUCACCAACUACUACCUCCCAGUAUAUCCGGCCAACUGCAGUCUCGCCUCAGCAGCCGCAGCGCAGUGCGCACCGGGCCUGAUCCUCUGGUUCUUCGACAGCCGCGGUGGCCACCUAUACCAGGAGCUCGACGCUGACGGCAACAUGGUCGGCAUGCAGAACUGGGUGGACACAAGCGUGGUCAACUGGUUCCAGCAGACGAAUGCGCAGCUCACACAGCGCCACGGGGGAGUCAUCCCGUCGUUGGCGUUUGUGCACAUCCCCACAAAUGCGUCACAGGCGAUCCAGACCGAGGCUGGCGUGGAUCCGAGCCUCCAGCCAGGCAUAAAUGAUGAUUAUAUACUGGCGGCGCAGGGCCAAGGCUGGUGUGCUGAUGGAAUCACUAAUGAUGGCUCGUGUGACUAUGGUGGCCAGGAUGUCCCUUUUAUGCAGGCUAUCACCACGACCAAGGGAUUGAUGGCGGUGUUUUCUGGGCAUGAUCAUGGCGACACGUGGUGCUACAAAUGGGAGGGUGUAUGGCCCGGCAUGACUGUUGCUGGAAACGGACUGAACCUGUGCUUCGGACAGCACUCAGGCUACGGUGGAUACGGGAACUGGAUCCGAGGCUCACGCCAGGUCCUCGUGCUGGAGGCGUCGUUGGAGCAGUAUCCCUCAACUCGACUUACGGGGCGGACUCAUACCCAGCGACGCCAAAUGACAAGACAUAUUGUCCGACCUGUGACUAUUCAUGAUUAUAUAGCUGGUUGUAGGGGAUCGAAUAGACUCUAUCUCAACAUACUUGUAUGCUAG